AUGCGGAUGUCACGUGAGAAGGAACGGGGGUUGACUGCCCAACCGUCACUCCUUUUCUGGAGAGUGUGCUCCUAUUUUUUUUUCUGCCCUUUUGUGUCAGGGCACGGCGGGAUUGAGGGCCACCGUCCCACGAAAGUCUUUGCGCACAUACACACUCUCAUGCCACCGUCGCCCCCGAAUUCAGGAGUAAAAACAAAAUUCCUGCUGCUUUUUGCAUUGGCGCAAUUAUUUGUUUAUCAACUGACGCCAUUCUGUCCGGCGUGUCAAUUUGAUUGGAUUGUGUGGGAUUGCUCGCCGACGCCAUCAAACAAAACGGGCUGA